AAUUUGGAAAGUACGAUAUUGAGAAGCAGUAAAACUCGCAAGCCGGGGCGAAAGACGGAAGACGAAGGAAAUGCCGAAGAGUCCACAGCUAGCGAGGAUAUUGACGCUGAUCGUACUAGCGAAAAUGAGGAAGCUUCAAUCACGAUCGUUAUCUACACUACGAUUGCUGUUAUAGUGGCGGCCCUCCUGUGUGUUGUGCUUCCUCUAGUCACUGCUUGUAUAGCUGCAAAAAAACAUGGGAAACUUACAAAAACCGAAGCAACUAGGAGGAAAGGUGUUCUUCCUCAAGGGCAGAAAACACAAGCCAAACCUGUCAUUCUUCCUUCAAAUUUGAAAGGAUCAAAGAAAAAGUGA